CCUAGUUAAUUUCUUGCUUUGCUUUGGCCGCUGUGGUUGUGUCGUCGUAUUUUUAAUAAAAUUAAUUAAUUUAGCAGCUUUAGCUUCUAUUAGGCACCUUACAAAUCCAUACAGUAAUACUACUAACUAUUAUUAUUAAUUAAUAUACUUCUUGAUAGCGGCGGAUAUUUUAUUUAGUUUAAAAUGACUGUGGUGUGUAGCAGUGGCGAUAAACUAUUGGAUUCAGCUGUAAAUCAUUGGUUAAAACUUGAUAAGAAUCCGGAAACCAGGAAGGAAGUAGAAGAUGACAUAAAGAAUGUGAGAUGGGAGAAGUUGAAGCAGACAAUGCUGAGCAGACAGAAGUUUGGCACCGCUGGCCUGCGUGGCAAGAUGGCAGCCGGGUUCAAGUGCAUGAAUGAUGUGGUGGUCCUACAAACAGCACAGGGUCUCUGCUCGUAUCUCAAGAAGGUGUGCAACCAAGGCCAGCUCCGCAAUGGUUUUGUUGUAGGAUAUGACGGAAGAUACAACAGUGAGAGGUUUGCAGAGCUGACAGCGAAGGUGUUCAUCUCAAACUCGAUCCCAGUGCACCUGUUCUCGGCCGUGUGCCCCACGCCGCUGGUGUCCUUCGCCACUAUUCUCUAUGAGUGUGCGGGCGGCGUGAUGGUGACCGCAUCUCAUAACCCUAAGGAAGACAACGGGUACAAGGUGUACUGGGGGAACGGCACGCAGAUCAUCUAUCCACAUGAUACUAAUAUACUGCAGGAGAUCGUGCAGAAUUUGGAGAUACCAGAAGAAUACUGGGAUAUUAAAAACAUCAGAUCCAACGAGUUAGUAAAAGAUUGCCACCAGGAUGUCAGUACAAAGUACAACCAAUACAUCUUUGAAAGUCUGCAUGAGGACAUUUUAAAGAAGAAUGAGUCAGCUGGUAUCAAGAUCGUUUACAGCGCGAUGCAUGGCGUCGGAUAUAAGUACAUAUUGGACGCGUUUAAAGCUGCAAAACUGAAGGCGCCAAUAAGUACGAAGGAACAACAGGACCCGGACCCCGAGUUCCCAACCGUCAAGUUUCCAAACCCCGAGGAGACAGAAUGCCUCAGCCUCAGCUGCGACCUGGCGGAGCGCGAGGGCGCGCGGCUCGUGCUGGUCAACGACCCCGACGCCGACAGGCUGGCCGUGGCCGAGUUCGACCACAGCGCAAAAAAGUGGAAGAUAUUCUCUGGCAACGAGAUGGGCUCGCUGCUGGGCUGGUGGCUGCUGCAGCAGUACCGACGGAACGCCAAGAUCGAGGAUGGGAAAGAACGUGCGUCUCUGUCCUCCGUGCACCUGAUCGCGAGCGUGGUGAGCUCCAAGAUGCUGCGCUCCAUCGCGCAAAAGGACGGCUGCCAGUUCGUCGAGACGCUCACCGGAUUCAAGUGGAUGGGUAACACGACGCUGAUCCUCGCUCGGGAAGGCAAGGUGCCUCUAUUCGCGUUCGAAGAAGCCAUCGGCUACAUGUGCAGCCCCCGCGUGCCCGACAAGGACGGUGUGUCCGCCGCCGUGCAGGUGGCAUCACUAGCGUCGCAACUCUACUCCAACAACUCUUCCCUAGCGGACCAGCUGCAAGCCCUAUACUCGGAGUACGGCUUCCACACGUCGCACAACUCGUACUACCUGUGCCACGAGCCCGCCACCAUACAGAAGAUAUUCAGGGGCAUACGGAAUUAUAAGGGGACUGGCACGUACCCCCGCAAAGUAGGCGCGUGUGAGAUCGUAUCUAUCAACGACCUGGCCGCCGGCGUCAAGAUACCAGACACGCCCAACGGAGACGAACAUGGACUAACGGCAAUAGGCACGGGCCUGGACCAGGAGUACACGGGCGGCGAGAUGGUGAUGUUCCGCUGCAGCAGCGGGCUCAGCGUCACCGUGCGCACCAGCGGCACUGAGCCCAAGGUCAAGUACUACACGGAGCUCGUCACCAACACCACCACGCAGCAGGAACAGGAACAGAUUAAAAAGGAUUUGCAGAUAAUGGUGAAGGAGUUUGUGGAAGAAUUAUUACAACCUAAGGAGCACGGUCUUAUUGGCUAAAUGCACGUAUGUGAUCUUGCUAGCAUUCCAAAAUUAGAGAUUUUAUGUACCUGGGUGCUUUUUUACCUAUUACAAUGUCAGAAAAUAUCAUGGGUAAAUAUAAACGCUACAAAAUGUAGGUACCUACUAUAUUUUUAAGUUUACCAGUGUCAUUUGAAAAUUCUUUAUACCAAAGUUAACGAGUGAAAGCUGAAUGUAUUGUGAUAGAAUAUUUAGUUGAUUAUAAUUAUAUAGAAUAUUCUGAAAUUGUAUAAAUGAAGUACUAGAUCACUGAUAUAUUUAA